ACACUUUGGCGUCUCUUUGAGUUUUGGUGUUAUUUUACCGUGUUUACUGGAACAGUACAAAGAAAGCAUAGACAUAACAGAAAGUGCUGUAGUGAAAAAAUAGGCUUGAUCUGCUGAUUUCUGGAAGAGAGCAGCUCAAAAAGAAUGUAGCACAGGUUGUAGMACAUCAGACCAGAGAGAAUUUCCACGACAUUUCUGGCUGUUGGCUGGUGAUUGAUUGGGUAGAGAUCGAGAUGAGAGRAGGGAAUUUGAGAAAWUGCUCAACGGUGAGAAGUCGGUCAACUAAUACCGGUUCGAUGAGUAGACCAACAUGCGCGCGAACGUGGUUUCUGAUAUGCAUUGUCACAGGUCAAAAUGAAUCGUUCCCACUGAGAAACACACAAAAAUGUAACAUUUUACUUUUGAAAAUCAAUUUUUGUCCUUUUUCAAAAUAAUUUCUAGUUKAAAUUGAUGCACUUCUUAAAUUGUUUCUUGUAGUUUGUCAGCACACAUUGUUUGUCUUUUUUACCCUUUAUGWUUCUAUGUUGUCUUACUUUUUCAAUUCCCUUUCUUCUUUCCAUUUCAGUUUCUUCAUUACUCCAAUACUUUGUUGUUUCUUUCUUCAAUAAUUGCAUAUAGUUACAUUGCAAAAGUARUCCGAUUUUCGUGAUCCUAUUCAAGUAACUUAUCUUCAUGACACUCUGAAAAGCUUCCCAUUCAAAAUCUAAUGUUCUCGUUUUUGCCUUUUGUUUCAGCAAUGGUAGGCUCACUAGCCAUCGCCAUUACAUUUGUUGCAACGUUCCCAGCGGCUAAACUAAUCGAUUAUUUCGGCUUAAGAGCGGUGACAUUCCUCGGUGGUCUGAUAAGUAUGCUUAGUCUCGUCCUGACAUCRUUUACCAAAAGCAUCGUCCUAUUAUUUUUUACAUAUAGCAUUGGGUUCGGCAUUGGUGCAAGCUUUUUGUACACUUCUUCGAUGUUCAUGAGUAAUCAAUACUUUAAACGUCGCAGGAACAUAGCACUGGGCAUCGUAUGUGCCGGCGGAGGCACAGGUUAUCUGGCAUUCGGGCCGCUUCUUCAGCUGUCUCUCGAUAAAUAUGGCUGGGAACGCAGCUGCCGCCUGAUGGGAGCUUUGUUUGUGCUCCCUCUGUUGAUCGCGUUUCUUUACCGUUCUGAUACAAAGAAAGAAUCGAGAGAAUACGAAGAACAGAAGGACAAUWCUUUAAAGACGAAACCAAGCAAGGUUUUUGAUGGGUCGAUCUUGAGAAAUUCUUCGUACACUGUUAGUGUUGCGUCRAUGACUUUCGCUGGUUUAGCKCAUUACGUACCCCAGAUAUACUUGGUUGAAUUCAGCGAAAAACUUGGUAUAUCAUCAUCAAAGUCKUCCCAACUUCUCAUAUUCAUUGGUUUAGCCACUUUAACCUCACGGAUCUUAGCMGGAAUUCUCCAAAAUACGCCUCGUGUGUCUACCCUUUUUGUAUUCCAGUCAUCCCAACUCCUCGAUGCCAUGGUCCACCUUUCCAUACCCUUCGCGUAUAAGUAUGAACAUUUGAUUAUCAUUUGUAUUUURUAUGGACUAGCUGACGGUGGUUUUGCMACUUCAUUGAAUGAUUUAUUGUUAAGUACUGUAAGACCUGAACAGGUUUCAUCGGCGUUUGGCUUUGGGUGUCUUGUCAAUUCCGUUUCWGUUGCUGCUGGUGCUCCUCUUGCAGGUCUUUUAAUCAAGCACUUCCACUCCCACAGCCCUGCGUUUUUUACCGGGGCAGGAAUACUAGCUGUGUCCUCAAUUCUUCCCUCUCUUCGCCUCUGUGUAGUCUCCAUUGCCUCACGUCGAACAAGACAACCCAAUAACUUAGAAGUUACACUGGAACUUUGUCCCGAACAGACGGAACACAAGCCACAAAGAAUUGUUGCUCAGGCUUGUGAGGUGUCCCCUUUUCAGCUUCUUGUUUGUGAAGGAUCAGUGGAAAGCCCAUCAACAGAAGUGGUUUUGUAAGGGAGUGACCUCAAACUAAGGGAUACAACACUAUAGGGUCCUGGGAACGAAUUUUCAGCUGAUGACGAGUGCAGAGGGGGGAAGGAGUUCCUUUUUAUUUAGUUUAUCUUUUUUUUCGUUUAGAGCAGUUUUAGGUACCCGUACGUUCUUAAAGUAUGUUUAUUUAUAUAUUUAUUUAUAUAAAUCCUUACUUUGAAAGUUAAGACCUAUUUAUCGUUUACUAGCAGUCGUCCUGGAAAGGAGUUCCUUUUUAAUUUAUUUUUUUUUUUCGUUUUGAGCAGUUUGAGGUACCCGUACGUUCUUAACGUAUGUUUAUUUAUUUAUUUAUAUUAAUCCUUACUUUGAAAGUUAGAUCUAUUUAUCGUUUACUAGCAUUCAUUUUGGACGCAUUGGAUCGGCGCACAAUUGCAAGGGUUAGGGGCAACGCCAAAAAUCGCAUUUKCCUAAUUCGUAGCAGUAGUAUUUUGCUUUUAAAUAGAAAACAGUUGCUAAGUAAACAAACUAGUUGAUCGGAUAUUAUAAUUUAUAAAAUGGUUAUAUCAUGUUUAGACUUUCAAACGAAAUGACCAUUCAAAUCAGUCCUGUUUGGACAGUUGAAAGUGAGCACUGUUAUUUCAAGAUCGCCAAAAAAGCACAUAAUGCUAAUUUUAGUAGCUAUUUGUGUGUUUAGACAAUUACGCAAACGCUAUAUGAAUGUGUUCAAUACCACCAAAACAGAUUAGAAAAURUGCUUAAGCUUUAGUUUAUGUGCCAUAUAAGUUUAAAUUUUAGAAAUUGUACAUUCUUUUAUAUUUAAUUUGUGGAAUAAAACUGAUUUAGUGAAA